ACCUACAAGUUGGUUUGCCAACCGCCAAAAAACACCAAUGAAGAAGAAGAAGAAAAACCGAGAGAAGAAGAAGAAGAAGAACCCGGGUGGCGUCUCGUCGCUAGGUCACUACGGUUCUCUGUCUUUCUGUGUUCCUGAGACAUUGUGUGAGCUCCAGCACUACUGAUCCAUCAUCUGUGCGUUUGGAGAAUCCUCCGAAUGGACUGUGUGCUCUUUUUUCUGGAGCGUUUACCUCCGACUAUAGGAGCUAGCUUAGCAUGCUAGCUGGAAACACGUUGGUAGUCAGAUUGAGAGUUUGAUGGAGAGAAAGGAACAGUGUGUUUAACGGAGUUUGCAGGAAAAGGUGAUCUAGUAGAUAUGAGUAAAGACCAAAUGCUGCUUUCGUUGAAGAAGCUGCUACUCACUCCUCCUGGUGAAGAGAUAUUUGCUCUGUUUGAAAAAACGAUGGCAGAGUACGAGGAGGAGCUGUCUCGUUCAAAAGAGGAGAACAAGAGACUCCAGAAACUACUGGACGCUGCUUUACAGCCUCAGCUUCGGAUACACAGAGCAGACGUCCAGCAGCUGGUAGUGGUUAAAGAAGAGUUUCUCCCUGACCAGCAGGAGUGGAGCACCAGUCUGGACCAGGAGGACCCAGAGCCCCCCCCACACAUUAAGCUGGAACAGGAGGAACUCAGGAUCAGUCAGGAGGGAGAGCAGCUUCAGGAGCUGGAGGAGGCUGAUAUCACCAAGUCCACUUUCACUCCUGACCCUGUGAAGAGUGAAGAUGAUAAAGAGAAACCUCAGUCCUCACAGCCUCAUCAAAGACAAACUGAACACAUGGAAAAAGAAGCUGAUGGAGAUGACUGUCGAGGACCAGAACCAGCCAGGAACUCAGAUCCAGAGAGCAGUUUACAACCAAAGACUGAGGACGACACUGGAGACUCUUCUGAACCUGACACUGAAGACAGUGCUGAUUGGAAGGAGACCAGAGAACCUGCAUCAGGCUCAAACUCACUGAAAAAUAGACAUGAAUCUGUCAGUGAUCCAAGGUUUAGUGCUGAAAAUAAACCAUUCAGCUGCUCAGUCUGUAAGAAAGCUUUUUCACAUAGUGUACAUUUAAAGAGACACAUGAGAGUCCACACAGGAGAGAAAGCACACAGCUGCUCAGUCUGUAAGAAAGCUUUUUCACAGAGUGGACAUUUAAAGAGACACAUGAGAGUCCACACAGGAGAGAAAGCACACAGCUGCUCAGUUUGUGACAAAGCUUUUUCACGGAGUGGACAUUUAAAGAGACACAUGAGAAUCCACACAGGAGAGAAACCAUACAGAUGCUCUGUCUGUACGAAAGAUUUUUCACGGAGUGGACAAUUUAAGGAACACAUGAGAAUCCACACAGGAGAGAAACCAUAUAGAUGCUCUGUCUGUAUGAAAGCUUUUUCACGGAGUGGACAAUUUAAGGAACACAUGAGAAUCCACACAGGAGAGAAACCAUACAGAUGCUCAGUCUGUAAGAAAGCUUUUUCACGGAGUGGAAAUUUGAAGGAACACAUGAGAAUCCACACAGGAGAGGAAAUAUUCAGCUGCAACGUUUGUGACAAAAGAUUUAAAUGGCAUUGUAAUUUAAAAAGACACAAGCGUGUUUGUUGUCAGUCCUCACAGCUUAAUGAAAUUCAAACUGAGGAUAACUGAGAGGCAGAGCCUCCAAUCAGCAGCUCAGCUGAACACAUGGAAGGUUUCUCAUUUCUCUAAUAGACCUAUCGUUAAGCCACGCCCCUUUGAAAACUCGGACAAACAAAGCCGACCCUGAAUGACUGUUGACAAUGGCCGCGGGGGGAGUCCAAGUUAAAAUAACAUUAAAAUAGAAGCAAGAGCUAAUAAAAGCAACAGCAGAUGAAAGUUAACAGUUAAAAGCAAGAGUAAAAAGGUAGCCAUGUAUUUCUUUAUAUAAAAUAUCUAAUCUUGUUGCCUGUCGUGUGUAGUGGUGACUGUUGUGUAACCAUUGAAAUGAUCAUAUGAUGUUGAAUGUUAGCAGUGGUGUGGUGGUCACUACAUUAAAUCUAUAACUGU